AUGAGCGGGUGGACUAUAAAGUCCUUCAAUGCAUUGCUGGAAAUUUUUAGGCAUGCACUACCUCCUGAAGCCACAGUUCCCAAGUCUUUUGCUGAUGCUAAGAAGCUCAUUCGAGACUUAGGUUUUAAAUCUAAAAAAAUCCAUGCUUGUGUCAAUGAUUGUGUUCUCUUCCGCAAGGAAAAUGAAAAUUUUGACACUUGUCCAAAUCUAAAUUGUAAAGAACCUCGCUACAAGAUGGCAGGUUCAAGAGUUCCACGCAAAGUUUUGCGUUACUUUCCUUUGAAACCUAGGCUGCAACGAUUAUAUACCCACAAAGAAAUAGCUUCAGAUAUGAGAUGGCAUAAAGAAAAGUGUGUGCAUGAUGAUAACAUCAUGCGGCAUCCAGCAGACAGUGAAGCAUGGAAACACUUUGAUAGGUUGCAUCCGGACUUUGCCGUUGAUCCUAGAAAUGUGAGGUUAGGUCUUGCAACUGAUGGUUUCAAUCCUUUUGGGACCAUGAUUAGUGCUUAUAGCAUCUGGCCUAUUUAUCUAGUGCCAUACAAUCUGCCCCCUUGGAAGUGUAUGAGAGAUCCUUUCUUUUUCCUAUCAAUGCUAAUUCCUGGGCCUAAAUCCCCGGGAAAUGAGAUUGAUGUUUACAUGGAGCCUCUAAUAGAUGAACUGAAUGAAAUGUGGCUUGGUGUUGAAACAUAUGAUGCAUAUAGUGGCAAGAAAUUUGACCUCCGGGCAGCUUUACUAUGGACUAUAAAUGAUUUUCCAGCUUAUGCAAUGCUGUCCGGAUGGAGUACGAAAAGGUAUCAAGCAUGUCCUAUUUGCAUGGUUGAGACAACUUGCGUACAUUUACCACACCGAAAAAAGUUGUGUUACACAGGUCAUCGCCGCUUCUUACCCAUUGACCAUUCUUGGCGGCGAGAAAAAAAACCUUUCGAUGGCAAUGUGGACUUUAGGAAUCCUGUUGCACCUUUAUCUGGAAAUGAAAUUUUGGAUCAGGUACAAAAUAUGGAGGUAAAUUUUGGGAAGACCAAGGCGCAAUCCAAUGCAAAGAAACGCAAGCGUUCUGAGAGUGGUUUGAACUGGACAAAGAAAAGUUGUUUCUUUGAGUUACCAUAUUGGGCAGACCUCCUUCUUAGGCAUAAUUUGGAUUUAAUGCAUGUGUCAAAAAAUGUCUCAGAGGCUGUCAUUGCCACAAUUAUGGAUAUUGAAAACAAAACCAAAGACCACUGGUUGUGUCGUCAAGAUUUGAAGGAUUUGGGUUUGAAAAAAGAGCUACAUUUGAUUCCAAAUGGCGACUCUUAUAUCAUGCCACAUGCCUGUUACAGCCUAACCAAGGAGGAGAAAAAAAAAGUAUGUGAGUUCUUGAAUUCUGUCAAAUAUCCAGAUGGGUUUGCCUCAAACAUUUGCCGAUGUAUAAAGAGUGGCUAG